UAAUAUACAAUUUUACAAGUUUCUACAUUAUUACAAUGUAGAAUUAACAACAAUCAACAAAUUCUAUUUGUUAGAUUUAUUUUAUAAAAAUAUGCUUGUUUUUAACUUUGAAACUAUUGUUUUAUUCUAAUAUGCACAAAAACAGAAAUGCCCGCCAAAGACCUGCCGGAAAUCUCUUGUCAAUGUCGAUUCUUGGCAUCAUUGCCGCCUCCUUUUGUUUCCUAAAUUCUUAUACCGGUGAUUUUGUAUUUGAUGAUUCAGAAGCAAUUGUUAACAAUCAUGAUGUUCAAAACAGUCCACCAUAUAAAAUAUUCCAAAAUGACUUUUGGGGAACUUAUCUAUCCAAUAACAAAAGUCAUAAGUCCUACAGACCACUUACAAUACUAUCCUUCAGGUUUCACUACUGGAUGAGAGGAAGAUUAGAUCCAAAAGAUUUCCACAUUGUCAAUAUUAUUUUGCAUACGUUAGUAUGUGUUAUAUUACUAUUUGUUUUUGAAAUUUUAUUAGAUUGGAAGGAACCCCAAAUAGCAUAUAACGCCGCAAUGCUUUUCUCUGUACAUCCUAUUCACACUGAAGCAGUAUCUGGGAUAGUGGGCAGAGCUGAUGUUUUAAGUGGAUUAUUCAUGUGGUUAUCCCUAAUUUCAUAUUACAAGUGUACUUCUUCUACCUCUCUAUUUACACAACUGAUUGGUAUGUUUUUAUGCAUUAUUAACAGUGCUAUUGCAAUGUUAUGUAAGGAAACUGGAAUAACUAUUUUGGGAGUCUGUAUUAUCUAUGAUAUUGUUAUUGUCAAUAAGAUACUGCCUUUUGAAGUAUUUAAUAUAUUAAGACUGAAAUAUACUUAUAAUGAAAUGAAAACUCUUAUAAUCUCAAAAACUGCUCUUCUGAUGCGAUGUGUACUAUUAACGAUUGUUUGUAUUUCAUUUUUACUACUACGAUUUUAUAUAAUGGGCUUUUCUAAACCAGUUUUUAAGCCUAUAGAUAAUCCAACGUCAUUUCUUGAAAAUGUGUUCCUUAGAAUUAUAAACUAUAAUUAUAUUUAUUGUUUGAACCUAUGGUUGUUGAUUUGUCCUGAAUGGCUGUGCUUUGACUGGUCAAUGGGCUGUGUACCUUUAAUUCAUGGAAUAGAUUUUAGAAUAAUUUUCAUUAUAUGUUUAUGGGUUCUUUUUGGAUUAUUGAUUUUAAUUCUCUUAUCUGAAAAGGACUAUAUUCUAUCAAGAAUUAUCACGAUAAGCAUGGGUUUGUUAGUGAUACCAUUUUUACCAGCUAGUAAUAUAUUUUUUACAGUUGGUUUUGUAUUGGCAGAAAGGACAUUGUACAUUCCCUCAGCUGGUUAUUGUUUAUUAGUAGCUGUAGGAUAUAAAUUGCUCUCAAUAUGCAUGAAAAACUCAAAAGUUUUAUCUAUGUUAUAUUGUAUUUUAUUGAUCACAUUCUUUGCACGUUCUUGGUCUCGAAGUGAGCAGUGGAAAACAGAGAUAACUCUAUUUCAGUCAGGACUUAAUGUGUGCCCACUGAAUGCAAAAGUUCACUAUAAUGUAGGCAAAAAUGCUGCAGACAGGGGUAAUACUCAAUUUGCAAAACUAGAAUAUCAAGAAGCUUUAAGAUUGAAUCCCAAUUAUACCCAAGCAAUGAAUAACUUAGGGAAUCUAUACAAAGAUGAAAAAGCUUAUGAUUUAGCUGAAAAAGUUUUAAAACAGGCUGUUAACAUUCAAAAUGACUUUGCUGCAGCAUGGAUGAAUUUAGGAGUGGUUUUAACAGCACAAAAAAAAUACAAAGAAGCUGAAGAAUGUUUCAUUACAGCUAUUUCUCAUAGAAAUAAAUACCCAGACUGCUAUUAUAACUUGGGUCUUCUAUAUUUAGCUAUAAAAGAAAAUGAUAAAGCUCUAAAAGCAUGGAAAAUUGCAACUAAACAGAAACCAAAACAUAAGCAGGCUUGGACAAAUAUGAUUUUAUUGCUAGAUAACAUAGGAGAACGAGAAAAAGCUUUAAAAGUAUCUAACCAAGCACUAUUUCAACUCCCAGAAGAUCCAUCAAUAAACUUUAAUACAGGAAAUUUAUUGGGAAAAAUGGAUCAGUUUAAAAUGGCUGAAUAUCAUUUCAAAAAAGCUAUUAAUGAAGAUCCAAAAAACCCUAAUUUUUAUACUAAUUUAGGUGUACUAUAUCAUCGAUGGAAUAGGUUUGAUAAAGCUGAAGAAGCUUACAGGAAAGCUUUAAAACUCAAUCCUGAGUCUACUAUAAUCAAUGAAAAUUUAAAUAAACUAAAUAACAUAAAAUUAAAGAGAUCAAAUGCAACUUAA